AUGGUGAAUUUACGUUGCCGCUUGUUUUCUCAAGUGUCAGACUAUUUUUUAACUGAAAGUAAAGAGUUUCUAAGUACUAACCAUUUUCGUCUAUUCUCCUUUUUAAUAUAUCCUAGACUUCAACUCCUCAAGGGCAGUGCCAGCGAAUUAGUUUUCGCCAAUAAUCAAUUAACCAAAGUGCCAACAUUUUUGUCGCAAUUCACGCGGCUAACUCUGCUCAACUUAUCGUGUAAUCAACUCUCUGACCUUCCGAGCGAGCUGGGUGUGCUCAACACAUUGCGAGAAUUGAACAUUUGUAAUAAUCGCUUUGACCAUAUACCGAGCUGUCUCUAUCAAACACAAAAUCUUGAAAUUUUCUUAGCCAGCGACAAUCGUAUCAAGCAUAUCGACGCCACACCGGAGGGCUUGGGCGCUUUGAAGCGGCUCACCAUCUUAGAUUUACGUAACAACAACAUUGAACAAGUGCCACCCGUACUUGGUAAUCUUAAAAACAUUGUUACUCUGGAGCUGCUUGGUAAUCCAUUCCGUCAACCGCGUCAUCAAAUACUUGUCAAAGGCACAGAUGCUAUCAUGUCGUAUUUGCGUGAUCGUAUACCGGCUUAGCGCCGACGUACGGAAGUAUUUUUUCUUCAUUUUAGAGUAGAGCGUAGCUUGAAAAUCUUUAGUUACAAAAUGGAAAAUGUUAAUUUUGAUGGUCGCGAGAGAUUUGCUCGAUAUUGCUAAUUUUUUUAUGAAAUUAACUCAGCCGCUGUUGGCAUGCGUGAUCAUCGGCGUAGAUCACGUUUUCAAAAGCAGUUGGGCUGUUUUAUUUUGGGGAAUUUUAUUUGUGAGAACAGAAUAUGCAAUACUUUUACAGGAUACAUACAGACAUACAUAUGUACUUGAUGAUGUACUCCUAAAAAAAGGAAAUAUAUUUUUUUCACAAUGCAAAGGUUUCAUCUAUGCACCAAACAUUGUUUGUAUAGUGUGAUUUAUGCGCAAAAAAAUAUUGUUUAUUAAUUACUAAUUCAUUACACUAGUCAUCAUGUGCAAUAUGCGGAACGCGCGCGUGCACACAUAGCUGGAAACUUUGUUAGAAAAUAUAUUUUUUGUGUCGUAAAAAUUUAAUACAUAUACGAAAUUUGCACUCGCAUAAAACAUGGCUAGCACUUAAUGUGUAAAACAGAAAGUACCCUUUUAAUCUAAGUAUAGCUUUUAAAUGUUAAAAUAUAAACUCAAAACUGUAAUGCCAAACACUAAUAAAAACCAAAGCCUUCAUAUAAAGCUUCUAA